AUGGGCCCAGGACUAGCCCAGCCACCGCCCGAGCCUGUGGCAGCUCCAGGUAUACAGGCGAUGCUCGUACAGAUAAUAGCUGCCAUUGGGGGUAUGCAGCAGGCCCCAGCUCCAGCCGCUCCAGUACCGCAGGGCCAACCUGCACCAGCGGCACCGAUUGUUCAGCCUGACGAGUUGGAGGGCAUCGUGCCACUUCGGGAGCAGAAGAUGCUCGGGGUGUUCCUUAGACUAUCACCGCCGAGGUUUUCUGGGGCUGUGGGUGAGGAUGCCCACGAGUUUCUACUUACUUACCACGAGCGGCUACAGACUUUGGGUGUAGUGGAGUCGAGAGGAGCAGACUUCAUCGCUUACCAGCUAGACGGUCCCACCAGGCAUUGGUGGUAUACAUGCUUAGAGACCAGGCCAGCUUGGUUUCCACCGGUCACAUGGACUGAGUUUUCAAAGGCCUUCUUGGCCCGAUUUAUUCCCAGGAGCAUUAGAGAUCAGCUAAGAGAUCAGUUUGCUCGGUUAGAGCAGGGCUCCAUGACAGUAUCAGAGUAUGAGGCCCGAUUCCAUGAGCUCUCCAGGAAUGCCGCCAUGAUAUUACCUACUAAGGAGGAGACAGUUCGUUGUUUUGUUCGGGGUUUGAGACUGCAGUUGCGGAUUGAGACUCAGUCUUUAGUCUCAGCGGGCCGCUCAUUUCUGGAUGUAGUGGACAAUGUCCGCACUAUUGAGCAGCUCUGUCACGAGGCCAAAGGGGGCAGCGACAAGAGAGCUAGACAGGAGGAUAGUACCCCUUUCAAGCCUCUCUCCAAGCAUCGGAGGGUGAUCAGCACCGCCAUAUUGGUUUUAGUGCCGGUCCUAAUCGGGGCCGAGAUAGUUCACAGAUGGGUUCUUCUGGCUGGGGUAGCCGACCUCCAGCUCUCAGUCGACAGUCCCAGGGGUGCUAUGAGUGUGGGGUGUUAG